CGGAGCCCGGGAGCCGCCUGUCCUGUGGUUGUGAGCCCAGACCCCGGACGAUGAGGACCCUGCUCCUGGCCAUUGGCCUCGGCCUCGUUGCUGCCCUGCAGGCCCAGGAGCUCCCGGCCGUGGGGCAGCCGCUGCAGGAUCUGUUGGGGAGAUGGUAUCUGAAGGCCAUGACCUCGGACCUGGAGAUUCCCGGGAAGAAGCCCGAGUCGGUGACCCCCUUGACUCUCAAGGCCCUGGAGGGGGGCGACCUGGAAGUCCAGAUAACCAUGCUGAUUGACGGUCAGUGCCAGGACGUGACACUGGUCCUAAAGAAAACCAACCAGCCCCUCAAGUUCACGGCCUACGACGGCAAGCGCGUGGUGUACAUCUUACCGUCCAAGGUGAAGGACCACUAUAUCCUCUACUGCGAGGGUGAGCUGGACGGGCAGGAGGUCCGCAUGGUGAAGCUUGUGGGAAGAGACCCAGAGAACAACCCAGAGGCUUUGGAGGAGUUCGAGGAGGUGGCAAGAGCCAAAGGGCUAAACCUGGACCUCGUCAGGCCCCAGCAAAGCGAAACCUGCUCUCCAGGAGGGAACUAGGGGCAGGGCACCAAGGCUCCACGCAGCCCUGGGGGCACCACCAGAACCCUCCAUCCUGCAGAACGUGGAAAGAGUUCCAGCCUCCGGCCUGGCCGCCCCCUCCUGCCCCCCCAGCCUCCUUCCCCCCUCCUGGUUCCACAUAAAGAGCUUCAGCACCCCCAGUGA